GAUCUAGGGGGCGGGACAGAGACCCAGCCCCCGCCCAGCCCCCGCCCCCAUCUGUGGGACCCGGUCGCUCUCAGCUGACGGUGCACUUCACGUGACGCUGGAGCAGAGAGAACAUGGCUGCUACCACUGGCCCUUCCUUCUGGCUGGGGAAUGAGACCCUGAAGGUGCCGCUGGCACUCUUCGCCCUGAACAGACAGCGUCUGUGUGAGCGUCUGCGGAAGAACCCAGCCUACGCGGUCGGCGCUGUGGUGCUACUGCAGGGCGGGGAGGAGACACAGCGCUACUGCACGGACACCGGGGUCCUCUUCCGUCAGGAGUCCUUCUUCCACUGGGCGUUUGGUGUCACUGAGCCAGGCUGCUAUGGCGUGAUUGAUGUUGACACUGGCAAGGCUACUCUGUUUGUGCCCAAGCUUCCUGCCAGUCAUGCUACCUGGAUGGGAAAGAUCCACUCCAGGGAGCACUUCAAGGAGAAGUACGCCGUGGACGAUGUACAGUACGCAGAUGAGAUCGCUAGCAUCCUGAAGUCACGGAACCCCUCUGUCCUCCUCACUCUGCGUGGUGUCAACACGGACAGUGGCAGCAUCUGCAGGGAGGCAUCCUUCGAGGGCAUCAGCAAAUUCAAUGUCAACAACACUAUCCUUCAUCCAGAAAUCGUGGAGUGCCGAGUCUUUAAGACGGACAUGGAACUGGAGGUUUUGCGCUACACCAACAAAAUCUCCAGCGAGGCUCACCGGGAGGUAAUGAAGGCUGUGAAAGUGGGAAUGAAAGAGUACGAGAUGGAGAGCCUCUUCGAGCACUACUGCUACUCCCAGGGCGGCAUGCGCCACACCUCCUACACCUGCAUCUGCGGCAGUGGUGAGAACUCGGCAGUGCUGCACUAUGGACAUGCUGGGGCCCCCAAUGACCGGACCAUCCAGGAUGGAGACAUGUGCCUGUUUGACAUGGGCGGUGAGUAUUACUGCUUCUCCUCCGACAUCACAUGUUCCUUUCCCGCCAACGGCAAGUUCACCGCCGACCAGAAGGCUAUCUAUGAGGCCGUGCUACGCAGCUGCCGUGCCGUCAUGAGUGCCAUGAAGCCAGGCGUCUGGUGGCCAGACAUGCACCGCCUAGCCGACCGCAUCCACCUGGAGGAGCUGACCCGCCUGGGGGUCCUGAAUGGCAGCGUGGAUGCCAUGGUGCAGGCCCACCUGGGCGCCAUCUUCAUGCCGCACGGGCUCGGCCACUUUCUGGGCAUCGAUGUGCACGAUGUGGGCGGCUACCCUGAGGGCGUGGAGCGCAUCGACGAGCCCGGCCUGCGGAGCCUGCGCACCGCUCGCCACCUGGAGCCGGGCAUGGUGCUCACCGUGGAGCCAGGCAUCUACUUCAUCGACCACCUCCUGGACGAGGCCCUGGCCGACCCUGCCCGCGCCUGCUUCUUCAAUCAUGAUGUUCUGCAGCGCUUCCGAGGUUUUGGUGGGGUCCGCAUCGAGGAGGACGUCGCGGUGACCAACAGCGGCAUGGAGCUGCUCACCUGCGUGCCCCGCACCGUGGAGGAAAUCGAAGCCUGCAUGGCAGGCAGUGACAAGGCCUUUACCCCGUUCUCUGGCCCCAAGUAGAGUGGUCAGGAGUGCCUGGUGGAACAGAGGACCCCACCGUGUCCCCACUCUUCACUGUGGGCAGCCGCUGAUUGGUCUUCCUGUGCCGAGAGAUGGUGCUGAAACUCCCUCCCAGGCCAACAUCAGUGAUUGUUCAGGCCAGAUCAUACUUGUUUCCAGGGGGAACCCUUGCCCCUACUUUUUUCUAACCUUCCACAAGAUCACAACAGUUAAUCGGUUUUUCCUUUGCUCAACUGACAGUGACUUUUAGAAAUGCUGAGUGGAAAGUGUCUUGCUGCCGUUUGUAUUCUUUUGCUCAAGACACAUGCCUUUUCAGACCUUUCCUCUUCAAAAGCCAAUAAACAGAAUGGGAUUUUCA